CCUUUUCUUCGUUUUUGUGGCUAUGGUAGUUGUUAUUCUGCUUAUCCCGUGCAUGCGUUUAGUAGGCGUUCAACAUGCACGCAGCGUAUCCUAACUAGCUUAUUAGGAGCCAACACCCCUUGUCCACCCAUCCUACUCGUUCUUACUGUGUCAUAUUCGAUCUCGAAUCAGGUUUCGAAAGUCGUCGUUUUGAAAUGUCUCAAAAUGUCAGUGUCUGUGAUAUAGACCCAACUCUCAAAGAAGAUCUUAGGAAAUUUCGCUUCAGAAAAUCCACUACCAAUGCUGCCAUUAUAAUGAAAGUUGACAGAGAAAAACAGUUGAUUUUCAAAGAAGAAGAACUCGAGGAUAUUGAUGUAGAUGAAUUGAGAGAAGCUCUGCCGGAACAUCAACCUCGUUUUGUUGUCUACAGUUUUAAGCUUGAUCAUGGUGAUGGGAGGAUAUCCUAUCCUAUGUGCUUCAUUUUCAGCAGUCCACAAGAUUCCAAAACAGAGCUCCAGAUGAUGUAUGCUGGGAGCAAGUUGGAGCUAGUCAAAGUGGCUGAACUGACCAAGGUAUUUGAGAUCCGCGAGCUCGAAGAACUCACCGAAGAAUGGCUCCACUCGAAGUUGCUCAAAUAACUCAAUGGCUAGUGAAAUUGAAAUUUAUUCAUUUUCCCCUCAUUCUUGUUGUUACGGGACCACUCUAUACACCGAUACCCAAUGAAUAAAAGUUAACGAAAAAGAUUA